AUGAAAACGCUUCUGUUUGGUGUCUGGGCCCUGCUGGCCUUGAUCCUUUGCCCAGAUGAGGCUAUUUGGGAAAAGUUGUUUGAGGUUUCUAUUUGGCCAAAUCAGGCCUUGGUAGAGUUUGGACAGUCCCUAGUGGUCAACUGCAGCACUACUUGCCCAGACCCAGAACCCAGUGGAAUUGAGACCUUCUUAAAGAAAACUCAGGCGGGCAAAGGGCCUCAGUGGAAAGAGUCUCUUCUGGAGGAUGUCACAGAGAAUUCUAUCCUGCAGUGCUUCUUCUCUUGUGCAGGGAUUCAAAAGGACACAAACCUUGGCAUCACUGUGUAUCAGCCACCAGAGCAAGUGAUCCUGGAGCUGCAGCCUGCCUGGGUGGCUGUGAAUGAAGCCUUCACAGUGAAGUGUCAUGUGCCCAGUGUAGCACCCUUGGAGAGUCUCACCCUUGCCCUUCUCCAGGGUAACCAAGAACUGCAUAGAAAGAACUUUAUGAGCUUGGCUGUGGCCUCCCAAAGAGCUGAGGUCAUCAUCAGUGUCAGAGCCCAAAAGGAGAACGACAGGUGCAAUUUUUCCUGCCGUGCAGAACUGGACUUGAGUUUGCAAGGUGGGAGGCUCUUUCAAGGCAGCUCACCCAUCAAAAUAGUCCGGAUCUUUGAAUUCUCUCAGAGUCCCCACAUCUGGGUCUCUUCCCUUUUGGAGGCUGGGAUGGCGGAGACUGUGAGCUGAGAGGUGGCUAGGGUGUUUCCACCCAAAGAAGUUAUGUUCCACAUGUUCCUGGAAGACCAAGAGCUGAGCUCCUUCCUUUCCUGGGAGGGGGACACAGCAUGGGCCAAUGCUACCAUUUGGGCCAUGGAGGCUGGUGAUCAGGAACUGUCUUGCCUUGCAUCUCUGGGUCCAAUGGAACAGAAAACAAGAAAGCUAGUGCAUAGCUACAGCUUCCCUCCACCAAUCCUGGAGCUAAAAGAAUCAUACCCAUUGGCAGGGACCGACAUUAAUGUGACCUGCACAGGGCAUGUAUUAACAUCACCCAGCCCUACUCUUCGGCUUCAGGGAGCCCCAGACCUCCCUGCCCCUGGGGAGCCUGCCUGGCUUCUACUUACUGCCAGGGAGGAAAAUGAUGGCCGAAAUUUCUCCUGCGAGGCCUCUUUGGAGGUGCAGGGUCAGCGUUUGAUGGAAACCACUGUGAUCCAGCUCCACGUCCUAUACAAGCCACGGUUAGAGGAAUCCAGUUGCCCUGGCAAACAGACCUGGCUGGAAGGGCUGGAACACACGCUCGCCUGCGUCCCAAAGGGAAACCCAGCCCAAGCCUUGGUGUGUACCUGGAAUGGGGUGGUCUUUGACCUUGAAGUGCCACAGAAGGGAACCCAGAACCACACUGGAACCUACUGCUGCACAGCCACUAACCAGCUGGGCUCUGUCAGCAAAGACAUUGCUGUCAUUGUUCAAGGACUGGAUGAAGGAAUCAGCUCUACCCUCUUUGUCAUUAUUACCGUUGCCCUUGGAGUGGGUGUCUUCACCAUGGCACUGUAUUUGAGCUAUCGGCCCUGCAAUGUGGACAGGAGGAAAUUGCUCUGUAGGCAGAAAGAGGAGGACAAAGAGGAGGAAAGCCAGUUUGCUGUUCAGGAAGAGAAAAGUACAGCUCAUAUGAUUGACAGCUAUUUGACUGAAUGA